GAAGCAACUUCUUCAGCCUGGUCACUACCCGCAGGCCCCGCUGUCGCUGCCGUGGCCGUCGCCAUUAUCGCGGCGGGAGGAGUCAGGUUCUUGGACUGCUGGAGGCGGCGGUGGUGACUGGAGUAAGUAACUACGAAAAGAAAAAUAUUUUGCUUCUGCCCUCUCCUCUAGAAAUGGCCAAUGUGCUCUGCAACAGAGCAAGGUUGGUUUCCUAUCUCCCAGGAUUUUAUUCUUUAGUGAAAAGGGUUGUCAAUCCCAAAGCCUUUUCAACUGCUGGAUCUUCAGGUUCUGAUGAGUCUCAUGUGGCCACUGCACCUCCGGAUAUAUGCUCUCGAACAGUAUGGCCUGAUGAAGUUAUGGGACCAUUUGGGCCUCAGGAUCAGAGAUUCCAGCUUCCUGGGAACAUAGGUUUUGAUUGUCACAUCAAUGGGACCAUGUCACAGAAGAAAAGCCAGGUUCAUAAAACUUUACCUGAUAUUCUAGCAGAACCUUUAUCAAGUGAAAGACAUGAGUUUGUGAUGGCACAAUAUGUGAAUGAAUUUCAGGGUAAUGAUGCACCUGUUGCACAGGAGGUUAACAGUGCAGAAACAUACUUUGAAAGUGCCAGAGUAGAGUGUGUAAUCCAAACAUGUCCAGAAUUGCUGCGAAGAGAUUUUCAAUCACUGUUUCCAGAAGUGACCACCAAUAAACUAAUGAUUCUGACUGUAACACAGAAAACUAAGAAUGAUAUGACUAUUUGGAGUGAGGAGGUAGAAAAUGAAAGAGAGAUACUCUUAGAAAAGUUCAUCAGUGGUGCUAAGGAAAUAUGCUAUGCUCUUCGAGCCGAAGGCUAUUGGGCUGACUUUAUUGACCCAUCAUCUGGUUUGGCAUUUUUUGGACCAUAUACAAACAACACUCUUUUUGAAACAGAUGAACGCUAUCGACAUUUAGGAUUCUCUGUUGACGAUCUUGGCUGCUGUAAAGUGAUUCGUCAUAAUCUCUGGGGUACCCACGUGAUUGUAGGAAGUAUCUUCACGAAUGCAACACCAGACAGUCAUAUCAUGAAGAAAUUAAGUGGAAACUAGUAGUAAUGCCAAUUUAUUUGCUGUACUAUUUGUACUUAUCAUUUGGGUUGAUCUGUAAACACUGUCAGAGGCUUCAGUUUUUAAACUUAUUUCUAGGGUAUUUAUUUCAACAUUUAUGAAUUUACAGUAUUGGCAAGAGUUUGUGAUUUUUAAAUCUCAAAAGUUCAUGUUGUCAGUGAAUACAUGUUAAGCACAUCCAGAUUGUACAGAAUGUGGUAAGUGACAUGUAUGCAUGGUAUGAUCUCUACUUUUAUUUCUCCCCUUUAUUGGAAAAACCUUAGUUUUAAUUAUUUUCUCCAAAAAUAAAUGAUACAUUUACUUAUGUUUUUUAUUGUAGUAUUUUUAAAGUGUAGUUCUUAAGACUUCUAAAAAACAAUAAUAUUCUUUUUAAUGUUUUUUUAAUGAAUACAAUUGAAAAUUCUAAAUUUAUUGUAGAUUUAACUUUUCCUAAUUUUUUUCUUUACUCUUGUACCAGUCUGAGUUUUACUUUGAAAUAAUGUUCAUGCAGGAAAAGAAGAAUAAGGAUAAUACAUCUUUAUGAAUAAAGGCUUAUUAUGCAUCUCAUCCAUAUACAUACUAAAAAAUAAUAAUUCUUAACACCUGGGUUGUAAAAUAAAUGUAGACUAUUUUGAGACAGAACUACACCUCAGCUGUUAAACCGUAUCUCUGCAGUUUUAGCAAUAGGUGGAAACUGUGAUACAUUACAGCAAUGUCUCAUUUGUGACAGUUCAUUUUUGCAGUUUUUUUUAACUUUUUUUUUUGAAUCACUUUUCAUACUUGAGGCUUUCACCGGUAUGAAGAGACAAAUCUCAGGAGAACAAGUAACUUCUACCAAAUGAAUUAAUUGAAAUGUAUCUUUUCAAUUAAAGGCCUGUUUUUAAAAGGAAUCAUGGGGAUGACCAAAUUUUUCAUUUAAUUUAUAAGUUGGUUUCAGAGUCUUUGUUUAAUUAACUCAUAACUUGAUAAUAAGUGUUACUUAUGACUCAAAGAUUAAGAUCUAAAAAGUUUUUAUUCAUUAUGAAAAAAAUAAAGUAGUGCAUCCUAUAAUAUUUUGACAAAAAUGUAUUAGAGUACAGUUAUCUCUUGGUAUCCACAGGGCAUUCAGUUCUUGGACCAAAAUGGUCCUGGAUGCCAUUCCAUUACCAACAUUUACAGAUGCCCAAGUUUAUAAUAUAAAAUAGCAUAAGAAUACAUACAGCUGACAUUCUGCAUCUGUGGGUUCCCAAGCAUGGAUUGAAAAUAGUGUCCUCAGUCCCCAGUGGAGGAUGUGAAACCCGUGGAUACGGAGGGCUGAUAGUGUGUGUGCAUGCACAUGCAGAAAAGGGCACAUAUCUUAAGUGCUUGAUAGAUGUCCAUCUAUGUAACCAACACCCAGAUCAAGACAGAACACUAUAGGCACUGGAGAGGCUUAUCCUGCUGUCUUCCAGGUAUUCCUCCUCCCACUUGCCCCUCCCAGAGGCAGCCACUAUCCUGAUUUCCUACAGCAUAAAUUGGUUUUGUCUGUUUUGAUGUUUUAUACAUAUGAAACUGUAUGUUCACUUUUGCUGUUUCACUUUAACUCAAAAAAUGUGAGGUUAACCCUUAUUGUGCAUAAUUAUUGAUCACCUGAAUCGGGGCAGUUUUGCCCCUCAGGGUAAAUUGGGCAAUAUCUGGAGACAUUUUUGUUCGUCACAGCUGUGGAGGUGCAGGUGCUCUAGCCAUCCAGUGGGUAGAGACCAGGGAUGCUGAUAAACAUCCUACAGUGUGAAGGACAGCUCUCACAACAAAGAAUUACUUGGUCCCCUGCUUUGCCUCACUCUCAUUUUAUCAUCUUGCUUGCUAACAGAAUUUUCAGAGACAGCACUGAGAAGCAGUAACUGCCAGUUAAAAUUUGUUUCCUGAAUGUCACAGCAAGAUACAGGUUUGGUAAAUGUACCCAAGGGACUCAUAACUGAUAACAUAGAAAGUGAUUGACUAUUAUGUGGUAAGAAAACAUCAUAUUUACUUGAUUAGGACCCCUGAAGACUGAGUUUGUAAAAUGAUUCAUUUCAAACAUAAAUUUGCUACUUUUUGAAAUAAGACUGAGCCAUUGAAAUUGAUAUUAGACUUGUCAAUGAAAAACAUGUUUUUGUGCCCUGACCUGUGCAGCUUAGUUGGGCAUCACACUACAAAGCAAAAGGUCACUGGUUCGAUUCCUGGUCAGAGCACAUGCCAGGGUUGUGGAUUCAGUCCCCAGGUGGGUUGCCUACUGGGGGCAGCUGGUCGCAGUUUCUCACAUCAAUGUUUCUCUCCCUCUUUCUCCUUUCCCCUCUCUCUAAAAAUGUAAAAUAUUUACAUAUUUUAAAUAUAUAAAUAUAUAUAUGUUUUUGAGAAAUAUGGGUGCAGGCCUAAGGCAUACAGCUAGUGUUAAGACCCAGCCAGCACUGGAACUUGGCUGUGAUUCAUAUAUAUAAAUACUGUAUGAUCAUUACCAAGAAAUCAAGUGAUUUAAAAUAUCAAGGAGUUACAGAAUUUAAACUGAAAGAACUUCCAGCUUAACUAAUGCCACAUUUCAUAAACUUGGGAAAUUAUUCAUUGAACUCUUCAAUCUCUGAAUUUCUUUAAAAACUUAAACAUUUAUCUAAAAAUUCAAUUACAGAUGCUAUACUUAAAAUAGUGCAGUUCUCUGGCUUCAAGUUUAAAAUUUUAAUGUUUUUAACAUCAUUUGUAACAUCAACAUAAAUCAUCCUUUCAUUUAAACAAAAUUUUACUUUUAGUUUGAACUCAAUUUUUUUUCCUUUUGUAAGUGUGCUUCAACUGUUGCCCCAAAGCAGGAUUCAUGCAUCUCAGCACUGUUGAUGUUUUGAACCACAGAACUCUGUGGGAGUGGGCCCAUGCGUUGUAGCAUGGUUAACAGCAUCCUUGGCGUCUACUCUCUAGAUGCCAGUAACAACCCUUAGUUGUGACAGUAUCUUCAGACUUUACAAGAUUUCCCUGGAGAUCAAAAUGUUUAUCUGGAAAAAAUUUUACUUAGGUGUCCUGACAAUCCUAUUUCUUCAUUUAUAUAGCACUUGGUUGACACAAACUAUUUUACUCUUGAUUAUAUACUUGUAUAGAAUUAUUCUGUAUUUUUUGUUGAUUUAAAUUGCUCCAGACCUGACAAGAAGGGACCCACUUCUCUAUGAAACUUGAACACAGCACCAGUCUUCAUGCUCAUCUUUUCAUUACAAGCCAGGACAUUCUAAACUUGCAUAAGGUUUAGUCUGCCCGCCCUACCUUGUGUCAAUAGAAUAGGUGUAAGUUAUUUAGCCAGAAGAUUCAGUUCAGGCUUUGAGCAUUUAACUUCCAAUCACUUUAUUGGAAAUUAUAGUCACCUAAAACCAUGUUACUACUGCAUAUCUAUAGUAAUUAAGACAGAAUGGUAACUUGUGUAAAGACAGACAACCUGUCCAAUGAACGGGGAGAAAAAAAGUCCAAGAAACAGACCUACAUAUAAGUGGUUGGUCACCUGAUUUAUGUCAAAGGUGACACUGCAGUGCAGUGAAAAAAGGAUGAUGGAUCUUUUCAGUAUAUUGCUGGGUCAGUUGGAUAUUCAUAUAAGAAAAUAUUUUUGCUUUUACCUUAUACGAUAAAUAAAAAUCACUUCUGAAUGGAUUGCAAAUUCAAUGUGAAAGAUUAAACAGCAUUAAAUGUGGAAAAAAGACCCUGGUGACCUUAAGAGUAGGCUGUAUUUUUUAAAAGUAGGACAACACUAACAUCCAAGGAAGAAAACUGAUUAAUUUAUUAUAUUAAAAUUAAGAAUUUUUAAUUAAUGAAAGACAUAAAGAAGGCAACCAAUAGAGCUGACAUACACAUCCAGCAAUCUAGCUAUAUAUGUGCAUGACCAAAGGACUUGUAUGCAAGAUAUAUAUAUA